AUGGAGAGUGGCUAUUCUCAAGAAACUAUACAGACAGGCUCCAGCUACAAGCCAAAUUCUAGCUUUUUGCCAGCCAAUGAUCUCACCCACAGUUUUUCUUCAUACCUGAAAGAAAUCUGUCCAAAGUGGGCAAAAUUCCGUAAAAACCACGAGGAGAAGAAGUCGGUGGUGAUGCUGGUUAUCUGCAGUUCUGCCCUUCGUUCCUUGGAACUCAUUAAGUCAAUGACAGCAUUUAAAGGUGACUGCAGAGUUCUGAAACUGUUUGCAAAGCACAUAAAGAUAAAAGAACAGAUGAAUAUGUUGGAGAAAGGUGUGUUCCACAUUGGAGUUGGAACUCCUGGGAGGAUAAAAGCACUGGUGGAGCAAGAUGGCCUAUGUUUGAACUCCACAAAAUAUAUUAUUCUGGAUUGGAACUGGAGAGAUCAGAAACUAAGGAGAAUGAUGGAUAUCCCUGAGGUUGAUUAUUCAGAUAAAUGCUCAAAUUGUUCAAAACUUCGUGAAAACUCCUCUAAUUGGAACAAUGAAUGCCUCUGUUCUAUUAAUUUCACGCUAGCAGAAGAUAUGCUGGGUGAUGUUUUUAUGUACUAUGGCCUGCAAAACUUCUAUCAAAAUCACCGUCGAUACGUGCUAUCAAGAAGUGAUGAACAACUGUUGGGUCGAAAUGUAGAUGUUCAGAACACCUACUGUGCACCCUUUGCUGCUUACAAAAACGGAACACCAAUGGCUCCAUGCGGUGCUAUUGCCAACAGCAUGUUCAAUGAUACUAUUGAUCUUUUCUACAAUUUUAACUCAUCUGUUAUUCAAGUACCACUGCUGAAGACUGGAAACAGUUGGUGGACAGAUAAAAAUGUGAAAUUUCGCAAUCCAGAUUCGCACAAUCUCUCUGCUGCGUUUGCAGGAACAGCAAGACCUCCUUACUGGCAUAAACCAGCGUAUUUGUUAGAUGUGGAAGAUGAAAAGAAUAAUGGAUAUAUAAAUGAUGACUUCAUUAUCUGGAUGCGAGUAUCAGCCUUUGCUACAUUCAAAAAUCUUUAUCGUCGUAUCAGCCGGAAAGGGCAGUUUACUGAUGGCCUCCCAGCAGGGAAUUAUACUUUCCAUAUUUCCUACAACUUCCCUGUUACCAAAUUCAAGGGGAAGAAGUACGUGAUUCUUUCAACCAUGGUAUGGAGUGGAGGAAGUAACCCAUUCCUGGGAAUUGCCUAUUUGGUUUGUGGUGCAGCAGCAACCCUGACAGGUUUUAUCAUAACUGCCAUCCACUUAAAGCUGAGAAAAAAGAAAACAUAUUUUCAGAGACACUGAUGUUCCCUGGAUUGCUCAGUGAAGGCAAAUGUGUGCUGUGAAUGA